AUGUCGGCCCAUGUCCUCAAUUUUGAUACGAUAUCAUGUGCCCGGGGCGAUGGAGAGAGGUCAGAACAAGUCAUCGCGAAUGGCCAGAGGUCUCAGGACCGUAAAAUUAGGUGGUCACCACCGACAAAGCCGGCGCUUGCCAUUCAUAGGCCACGAGACAAGGUCGAUGAAGUCUGUUGGCGCCGGCAGAUGGCCGUCCUGUCUCACGAUGGAUUUCUUUUCUGGGGAUCGUUUCUGGAAAACGCUCGUACAGAGCACGAGACGCGUAAGAGCGAAGCCAGUAAUUACGUCGUACUUUGA